AUCCAGACAAACACAGCAGAGCGCACACAAUAAAUACAUCCACCCCCAAAUGCAAAUACAUCAGAAGAGAUUCCUUCCCCAGGGCUCAGAGCUGAGCAGGCUCAGACAGGAGAGCAAGACGAUAUGAGGCUGUUUGUCUUGCUAUCUGUGCUUUACAGUGGAGUAAGCAGUAGCAUUGUGCUGCAGAAAAUGUAUGGGAGGAUCACAUCCCCCAACUUCCCAAAUGUCUACCCAAAUCACAAGGAGAGGAUCUGGAAUAUUACUGUCCCCAAGGGAUAUUCUGUCCGUAUCUACUUCACCCAUUUCAAUCUGGAGCUGUCCUACCUGUGUGAAUACGAUUAUGUGAAGCUGAGCUCUGGUGGGAGGACCUUGGCUACGCUGUGUGGAAAGGAUAGUACGGACACGGAGGAGGCUCCGGGCAACAAGACAUACGUCUCCGUUGACAACAACCUCAUGGUAGUGUUUCGGUCUGAUUACUCCAAUGAGAAACUAUUCACAGGCUUUGAGGCCUUUUAUGCUGCUGAAGAUAUUGAUGAGUGCAAACAGCUGUUUGACGGUGAACCCCUCUGCAAUCAUCACUGUCACAACUAUGUGGGGGGCUACUAUUGCAGCUGUCGGACUGACUACACACUGCAUGAAAACAAGAGGACAUGCACAGGUGAGUUCUUGCUAGACCAGGAGAUACUUCCCUACCUACAACAUCUGCUUAAAUCCAGUCUUGAUACUAGCAUUGAGGUGAAAGCUGUGGGUUUUCCAUCGUUGUUUUCAGUAUUCCCUACGUGCCUGGUACAGCUGGAAGAAGGUACCGGGGGUUAGUCAGGGCUGUGAGCAGACUGUGCUCUACACAAACCAGGGUUUGCAGAGGGGCUGUGGGCUAAUUGCUGCUGUUAGGGACAGCAGUACUGUGUGCAGUAAAGUGGUACGUUGCCAGUUGGUUUUGGUUACUUCUUAGGCACAGCACGCACCUGGGUUCAGCUUUAGACGGGCUGCACAGAGAAGCAAGAAACUGGGCUUGAACUUCCACAGACACUUCCAGUCUUCAUGGCUGCCAGUGCAGCCAGCCUUGCAAAACUGUAUCUUGCUUCCAGGGUACUGAGAUACAGGGUAUUCCGGACCCAAGUUAGUAGGUACAUUGGAAAAACUAACAAUAGAGUGUGAAGUCUCACGGAGAAACAGUUUGCUUACCGUCCCUAGAAGGACACAGGCCAAGAAGCAGCAUGGUCCACAUAUUGCUGACACCAGAUACAGUGAUCCACUCGUUACAUGGGAGACAAGGCCAGGCACAGAUCUUUUGUUCAGAAGGGCAUACAGCGUGAGGUUUACCUAGUUGGCUUCUGCUCAGCUCUGCUUCUCACUUCACAGCUAGGGAAAGCUUAUUUCAGGCAGCAAAGCGUCUGUCUGAAUCAGCACACUGAUCAGCACCUCAGGAUUCGCUUUGGAGUGAAACAUGUGCCCACACGUGGUGUCAGAUUCAUCCUUGGUGGGUGCAACUUUGCCCACCUGGAGCUGAAUCCUGUCUGAAAAAAAACAGCACACACACUGCUCACUAAGUGUUUUGUCAUAGGUGGGAAGAUAGUUGGUUUGAUCUCCCUGGUGCUGAAAUGCAGGAUUGGAUCUAACUUACCGUGCUUAAGGCUGCCUUGGCAUUUAGCUUCCCAACUCCAUUCUGUUAAAAACUCUCUCCAGCCACGGCUGCCUGGGUCUAAUUCAGGAUUCCUCAUAUCUCCAGUGUAUUGGAACAGACCUAUUCUUUCAGCCUCCCCUUCCAAAAGCAAUGGCUUUUAGCACGAGCAUAUGGAUUUACUUAUGCUAUAAAGCUUGUCCCUGGUCUUAAUGUGAAGGUGCAAAAUGAAUAGCUGUGCAGACUAGCAGCUUUGCAUUGACCAUUCAUGUGUGCACAGUUAUGCUCCCCUCCUUGAACAUAACUCUAGCAGAGGGAGCUUAUCAGCAAUAUUGAAGGGCUGGGCUACCCUGAUGGCUGGAGAUGUGGGCACUGGGGAUUACUGUGGUGCAGCUGUUCACAUUUCAGAGGCCUUUAGAUUCAGGCACUGAAGAUGCUCCAGCCACUGGGCUGGGCUGCAAAGCAAAGGUCUCUGCAGGUCGCCUCCAUGAGAUGAGGGCAAAAGCUGCCCCUUUGAUUUUUGUGCUUCUGUCUGAGCAGGCUGAUACUGACAGGCUCUUUUUUUCUCUAUUUUCCAGCGUGAGAUAAUUAAGCUUCUCCUCGCUUAGGCAGAGAUGGAGACAGAUGUGCUGGGAAGAGCUGGUUUGCCCUCCCUCCUGACCUGCCUGUUGCAGUCCACCCAAGGGCUGCAGGCUUUUCUUGCUUGGUGACUUGUAUGUCUUGGUUCCUUGCCUUUCAGAUCUGCCUCCUGCAGACAAUAAAGAGGCUGUUCCUUGUUGAAAGCUGA